CAUUUCCGGAUGUUGAGUCAACUAGCAGAUCUUAUUUCUUAUAAUUGUCUUAUUUCUGCUCCCUUAACCUCUAUCCAGCAGAAACUGGCUUAUAUAAUUUAGGUGUGGAUCAUUCUGUAGAUGGCAGAUGGUCCUCCAACAAACGCCAAUUACAUAGCUAGUAGGUUCUUUCCAUUGCUUGCUUCCUAUCACUCACCGAUGUGGAUUUAUUCCGAGUAAUGUUAAGCACUCGUGCAUAUGAGUUGCCACCAAUUAUAGGGACAACAUCUGCUUGUAAGCUCACUUAUUGAUGUCUGUUGCACAAACAAGGUGAAACAGCAUGGACUUGUCUAUGCACGAAUGGCUACGCCAUAUAACCAUAUCAUAAAACUUGCUCAAGAGCAUUGUUUAGAUUACCAUCAGCUUGGUAAUGACAUUGGCAUUUCGAUUCUUAACUAUAAAUAGAGGACACCUGAAAAGCCUGAACAGAGUGCAACUUUUCUUCGUUUCUCAUCUCUUCCUUGUCCUGAAGAAAUAUAACAUCACUCAUCCACAACCUCCAUCAAAAACAUGUCUGGCCAUCUCAGAUCUACAAGUCUGCCUUCUAGGCCUCACUCUAGUGAGAUCAAAGUAGAAGAAGAGUUACACAGCCUAAGAACAUGCCUCUGUAGGCAGCCUGCCACCAUGGUCACAUUGUGUGAUGGCUUGAGGAGGCUUGCAGAUGUCUACAACUGUGUUGAGGAGAUCGUGCGCUUGCCAAGGAACCAAGUUGGCCUCUGCUCGCCCCAGCAACAGAAAGUUGUGGAGAAAGAGCUGGAACGGUCCCUUGUGCUGCUUGAUAUCUGCAAUGCUAUGCAAGAGAACUUUGCUGAGUUGAAGAUGGGUAUCCAAGAGCUGCUACUAGUCCGCAAAAGAGGAGAUCAUGCCAUUGUCAACCUCAAAGUAGAGUCUUUCUUCCGUUCAGCGAAGAAUAUGCGAAAGCAUUUCAGGAAGUACAGCAGCAAAGCUACUUCUGAAGGUCUCAGCUUUGUCAGGCUACUAGCAGAAGCAAGAGAGAUGGCUAUCUCCCUAUUUGAAUCUGCAUCCUAUCUCUUGCCAAAGAAGAUUAUCACCUCCGAUUCUAGCAAAUGGUUUCUUGUGUCCAAGAAGUUCCAGAAAAAAGAAGUUAUACACACGGAGGAUCGGUUACAAGCAUUAGAGUGCAGAAUAGGAGAUCUUGAGAAUGGUGCAGGGUUUCUGUUCAGGAGAUUGAUCCAGACCAGGGUUUCUCUCCUGAACAUUCUUAGCUCUUCAAGAUGAGUUGCUGCCCUGGGGCCAUGUGAUUUUUUUUUUUAGAUAAGGGGAGUACCCCAGCCUCUGCAUCAAUUGAUGCAUGCAGCCUCUUAUUAAACUUAUUUAAACGGUCUGAGUUACAAUCUUAAAACAAAUCAUGGAUCACACAAAGUUUCCACAUAAAACAGCCAUCUAAAGAAAAAGAGGAAAACAAGCCGCCACAAGAUCUUCAUGUGAGCCGCCUAUCAGUACGCCAACCGCACCGGCUGUAUAAAUCCCGUGCUACCGUCGCCAAGCGGUUGCACCCAAUAUCCAUGUCCAGGCGCGCCUCCUCCGGCUGGAGAUAGGACCACAUAUGGAUCCAAUGAGUAACUAGUGGAAUAACCUGCAGAAAAGAUGUGAGAUGGGGCCAUGUGAUUGGCAUCCUCCUUUUAAAGGGUUUGAAAACCUUGUGUAAAUCUAUCUAGUGUCUAUGGGAGACCCAUGUACAUAUUAGUGUAUCACUGGUAGACUAUAAGGGGAAAUGAUUUCAUCAUGUUUAUGUUGUCAAUGUUCUUUUGUGUGUACUUCUGAUUUCUGAUUUUGGUGAAAUGUGAUUUUUCUUCCUAGGUAAAUACUGGUUGAUUGCUCCUUAAUGGCAGACAAUAUUCAGUACGACAAUAUUUUUCAUCUUUUGCUGCAGAUUUUAAGGGGUGAUAUUGUCACUUGACAAUUUAGCCUCAUACUUUUGUUUCCUGUGCUUGCACUAAUGUAAUUAUUUUGUGAUUGGUUUUCUAUACAUGCAUGAGUGUGCAAAAUCCAGGCUAUGCGGCAAGCUUGUAACUAUAUUAGAUGAUAUGAAGAGGAAACUUGAAAAACUGACAAAUGCGCAUAAACCAGACUUACACACAUGCUACCAAUGACAUAAAUACCUCAUGUUUCUUUUAAAGUUUGCAGUCUUACCAUUAUCCAUGCUAUUUUUAAUAUGAUAAAAAAUGCUGAUCCUUUCAUGAUGGAUUU